UUCCCGGCAUAAGCACCCUCGGACUCAAUUGUCACCGUCGUAAAGGAAAUAAUCUGUCGUUGUGCGUCACUCCAACUUUCCAAAUGGCACUCAACAAACUUGCAAUCGAUUCCGUGGACCUCUCAAACAAGCGAGUUCUAAUCAGGGUGGAUUUUAAUGUUCCCUUAAAGGAAAAAGAAAUUACCAACAAUCAAAGAAUCACUGCUGCACUGCCUACAAUUAAGUAUGCUCUGGAGAAAGGGGCCAAGUCAGUUGUGUUGAUGAGUCAUCUUGGAAGACCAGAUGGACAGAGAAAUGACAAAUAUUCUCUACAACCUGUGGCACAGGAGCUUGAAAAGCUUCUUGGAAAACCUAUCAAGUUCCUGUCAGAUUGUGUAGGCCCUGAUGUGGAGGCAGCAUGUGCAGACCCGGCCCCUGGUUCUAUCAUUCUCCUGGAAAACCUUCGCUUCCACUUGGAGGAAGAAGGGAAAGGAUUGGACAGCGAAGGCAAAAAGGUUAAGGCAGAGAAGGCAGACAUAGAGAAGUUCCGGAAGUCGUUGUCCUCACUGGGUGAUGUGUACGUCAAUGAUGCCUUCGGAACAGCUCACCGGGCCCACAGCUCUAUGGUGGGCUGUCAACAUGCUCAGCGGGCCUCUGGUUUUCUGCUGAAGAAGGAGCUACAGUACUUUGCUAAGGCCCUUGAUAAUCCAGUCAGGCCCUUCCUGGCUAUUCUUGGAGGUGCAAAGGUUGCGGACAAGAUUCAGCUGAUCGAGAACAUGUUGGAUAAAGUGAAUGAGAUGAUCAUUGGAGGAGGAAUGGCAUUUACCUUCCUGAAGAAACUCAAAGGAAUGGAGAUAGGAAAUUCCCUGUUUGACGAGGAAGGCUCUAACAUAGUGGGCAAACUGAUGGAGAAAGCAGAGAAGAAUGGGGUAAAAAUUCACCUGCCUACAGACUUCGUGACUGGCAGCAAGUUUGGGGAAGACGCUGAUGUGGGAACUGCCACUGUGGAAGCAGGCAUCCCUGCAGGAUGGAUGGGAUUGGACAUCGGUCCAGCAUCUACAGCCAAAUUUGCUGAGGUGGUGGGUAGGGCCAAGACCAUAGUGUGGAAUGGCCCUCCAGGUGUGUUUGAGUUUGAAAAGUUUGCCAGUGGUACCAAAGGUGUCAUGGAUGCAGUUGUGGCUGCCACACAGGCUGGGGCAACUUCUAUCAUCGGUGGGGGCGACACAGCAACAUGCUGUGCUAAGUACGAGACAGAGGACAAAGUGAGCCACGUCAGUACAGGAGGAGGAGCCAGUCUGGAGCUACUGGAGGGUAAAGUUUUGCCGGGUGUGGCCGCCCUAUCUGACGCCUGAAUCCUGGGGCCAGGCUUGGGAGGGAGAAGCAAGACGUGCCAUAUGUGUCGACUCUAGACUACACAUUUACUAACACUACUGUCCUGUUCAGUUCUCGGGACUGUAGAAAAGCAGCAGGAAUGGCCUUGCUCUAAAGCAUACACAGGUGAUCAUGAUUUUGAUAUGAUCACCAUUUCUGUUAGCGCCUAGUUCUUAGGGAGCAAGACAGUUGUGGCCUGUGUAAUUUUUACUCUCUGUGUUCUGUGUUGUAGAACUAUUUCAUUCCUUGUGCUUUCGCCAUAAGAAGUGGUUGUUUAUUUAUUUAUGAUGUAGAAAGAUGCUGCCAGAUAAAUUCCAAAAGUUUGAUGUUUGGCUCAAUGAACAGGUACCCCUAGAUCAUCCUGAAUGUGGUAAAAAGUUAAUCUAUUUACAAUACAUUUAAUUCAGAAUUUAUGGUAAAAACUGGAAAGUCAACCAAUGGAAAUGUUUAUAAUACAACAGCUCAGUAUUACUCUAUACAAAGUUGAACAAACAGCACACUGCAAACUUAACAUUUGUAGAUGUUUGUGUAUUCUUAAAGGCAUACAUUUUAUUAACAUUUCUGGUUUAUUAAUAAACUAUUUGCUCUUUCCAAUUUAUUGCUGUAAAAAGCUAUUGUUUUGCACUAAAUUUUUAUUAUUGUAAUUGGUAGUGAUAGUUUAGAUGGCAUAUUUAUGACAGGAUUUAACACCAUGAUAAUAUCCCAAGAUGCAGAGGAAAGAAAUUGUGAAUGCUCAUUAUGCAUCAGACAGACCAAUAUAUUUGUUGGUACAAAGUGCUCUCCCUUUAAAGGAGAAGUGCCCCGCCCCUCCCAACCACCCCCCACCCCUCCCCCCACCCCCCAUCCCACUCAGUCUCAGUACAGUCUCAUCAUGUUGAUGUGAAGGCAGCUGUGCUACAGUCGAGUGUUAAGUAGACCAGUUAACAACUGGGGCUGUUUGUUUAUGAUCAGUAGUGCUAUACAUAAUUACAUUGUACUUGUUAUUUUCUUGUCCAAUGAAAACAAGGGCUCAUCUGU